CACAGGCUCCAGCCUCAUGCUAGCAUUGCAACAGUUCUCACCUGGAGUUUUACCUGUUUAUGAUAUGAUACAUUGCUCACGCAGUGCUUUUCACGUGCAGCAAGGGCAGGAGUGGAGUUUGGGCUGUGCUGGCUCAGUCCCACAGCGAUGGUUGAAGCUUGUUCUGUGGUGGGCCAAAAAACCCCAACAUUUCCGUUGCAGAAGCAGAGAGGACUUUUCAUCUCGUCCGCACGACAGGAAAGUUGGCAACUUAAAUGUUAAACUUGCCUGCGACUGUUGGGUGUUGACAUCAUGGUGAUCUCACCGCUGUAACCGGAGCCCUCCAGCUUUUCCUCCAGCCUGCCUUUAAAUACCGGCCCUGGAGCCAGCGCAGCACGCGUUCCUCCGACUGGAGCCCAGGGCAGAGCCGGCAGAGCCCACGUCGAUGAAAGCAAAGACAAGCUCCAGCAGCCCAGCCAUGUCCACGUCGCUGCGAGUGAGCCCCUCGGUGCACGGCUACCGCUUCGACACGGCGCUGCGCAAGAAAGCCGCGGCCAACAUCUUCGAAAGCAUCAACGAGGCGUCCCUGCAGAAACUCUUCAAAAACUCCGGGGACAAGAAGGCGGAGGAGAGAGCCAAGAUAAUCCUCGCCACCGAUCAGGACAUGGAGGAAAAAACGAGAGCGCUAAUGGCACUAAAGCAGAGGAGAAAAGACAAACUGCUGCAGUUCCUGACCUUUCGGAAAUACUCCAUUAAAGUUCACUGAACUGGCGGAGGGAGCAGAAAUGGAGAACAUUUUGUGACGGGACUGUUUGAGACCUCCUACCACGCUCAGCAUGCUCCGCUGCCCCGUGGGCCUGGGCAGCUGACAGCCCACGCACAGGGCUUCAGCCCCGCCGCAAACCGCGAGCUGGCAGCGGCACCGCUGCCGCAGCAGCGCCGGUGCCCACGGCAGCACUGGCACGGCGUGGCCAGCAGCAUCAGUGCCCAUGGCACAUCGGUGUGGACAGCAGCCUGGUGGCCAGAGGCUCGCAGAGAGAGAGCGGCUCCCAGCCGGAGGCAGCCGAGCCGGGGGAAACCCACACGCCCGGGUGUGACGGGACCUCCUGAUGGACUUGGUGCCCACAGACUUGAGCCGGGUGCUUUGCCUCUUCAGCCUCCCUUCCCUAAAGCCCGAGCCCGUGCAGAGCCCGGUGGGGGCUCUGGAGGCCGGUCAGCCGCUGGCCACGGUCACCUUGCAUCUGUUAACUGCACCCAAAGGCAGCGUGUGGUGCAGUCGGUUCAGCCGUCCGGGAACGCAUUUGCUCCAGAGACACUCUGCACAACUGUGCCUUUCCUUCCCAAGCUGUAUGUGUGCAGGAAAAGUCGUUUGCACUGAAGCAAUAAUAAUGACAGAUUUCCCUGAAUUUACUGUGAAGUUCCCUAAUAUUAUGUUCACUUACCACUAACACUAAAAAUCUAAAUAUAAUGUCUACAGUUCUUCUCUGUGUAGGUUACAGUCACUAUUAGAUGAGUACUUACUUCAUGGCAAUAUUUUAUGACAAUGUUAUUAUUAUAUCGGCUAUAAUUUAUUGCAUACAGUGAUGUGAAAACCAAUAAAUUAUGAAGUAAAUAUAAA